AUGAAUGUCUUUGUGCGGGUGAAAGUGAUCGAAGCCCGUCAACUACAGGGGGCCAACAUCUCGCCCAUCUGCAAAGUAAACUGUUAUAAUCAAGCGAAGCAAACACGCGUCAAGAAUUCCUCAAAUUCGCCGUAUUGGGGGGAAACUUUCUUCUUCAACUUCCGUGUCUCUCCAGCCGUCUUGAUGGAGCAAAUGAUACAGUUUGGAGUGUUUAACUCGCGCCACUUGCGAUCCGAUGCGUUGGUCGGCAAUUUCAAAUUCGAUCUGGCCAUAGCCUACGAAGAGGAUGGGCACUGUGUGCUUAACAAAUGGCUGCUCCUCUGCGAUCCAGAAGACACUAUGUCAGGGCCAAAGGGAUAUCUCAAGAUGUCCAUUGUGAUCCUGGGCCCCGGAGACGAACCACCAAGUAUGAAAUGUACUGAUGAUGAAAAUGAGGAUAUUGAGUCGUAA